AUGAGCAAUCCAGAGCCCGUCAUUACGAACACUUCGGUGGUCGCACCCCGCGAGGUGAGCGAGGUGAAGUCCCUCCAUUUGGGCGAAGGGAUAGGAACGGAGGUCUCUCAGACGUCGCAGGAAUCUCAGGAAACCUACAACGAUGAGUUGACCCCUCCAACCGAAGAAGAAAAUCAAACACUUCGCAAAGUACCCGACAAUCUACCGUUGGUUGGUUUUGCCCUCUGUCUCGUCGAAUUUGCUGAGCGCGCGUCCUACUAUGGGGCGCAGACGCUCUUCUCCAACUUUGUCCAAUUCCCAUUACCCGAAGCGCUGGGAUGGGGAUUGCAGGCCAGUACCGGGUUGGCGCUACUAUUCAAGUUUCUGGCCUACAUCGUCCCUAUCUUCGGUGGCUACUGGGCAGAUACUCAUGUCGGGCGGUAUAAGGCCAUUGUGAUUGGUGUUGCUAUUUGCGGUGUUGCCCACAUUAUCCAGAUCGUCGGCGCGAUCCCCUCUGUUCUCCAAAAAGGCAAAGAUCACGCGGCGCCGCCAUUUGUGAUUGGUCUCUUACUUCUUGCUUUCGGUGCCGGCCUCUUCAAGCCCAACAUCUCUCCAACUGUUCUGGAUCAGCAUAAAUCCCAAACGCCAUAUGUCAAGACUCUUAAGUCCGGGGAGGCCGUUAUCGUCGACCCUGAGACCACACAUACUCGGACUAUGCUUCUGUUCUACAUGUUUGUGAACAUUGGUGCUUUCUUCAUGUUAGCGACAACCUACGCUGAAAAGUAUGUUGGGUUUUGGCUUGCCUAUCUGCUACCGGGUAUCAUUUACUUCUUGCUCCCGCUCCUCCUCCUUGCUGUCUAUAAAAGAACCAAGAGGCAACCCCCCAGUGGAAAUAGGGAGCUUGCCGAAGCUUUCAACAUUGGAUGGACCGCCCUUGUGCAGAACAAGUUCCAAUUCUGGCGGAAGGACUUCUGGGAAGCGGCAAAACCCGCAAACCUUCGCAGCAAGGGGAUCGAAGUUCCCUGGACGGAAAUCUCAGUGUUGAAAGUUGCGAAAACAAUUGAGGCGUGCGACAUCUUCUGGUUUUUCCCAAUCUACAAUCUAAAUGACGGUGGCAUCGGCGCAGUCUCCACGAACCAAGGUGCAUCAAUGAUCACAAACGGAGCACCCAACGAUGUACUCAACAAUUUCAACCCGUUAACACUCAUUGUCGCCAUCCCAAUCCUCACUUACGUGAUCUACCCGUUCCUAGACCGGCGCAAGUUGAAACCCGGUCCCAUCACCCGAAUGACAAUUGGCUUCGCUAUUGCCACUCUAGCCGGUGUAGUUGGCGCACUCGUUCAGUGGAAAGUGUACCAGCUGUCACCAUGUGGAAGUCACGCGUCGACUUGUGACGAGGUCGCUGAUAUUAGUAUCUGGUGGCAGAUUCCCAACACAUCUCUCAGCGCUAUCAGUGAGUGUUUCGCCAACGUCACGGCGUACGAAGUGGCAUAUGCUCGUGCCCCAAAGAGUAUGAAGGGCAUAGUCAUUGCUAUUUUCCUUUUCAUGACUGCUCUGUCUAGCGCUCUUGGUGAAAUUCUCAUCCCGGCGAUUAAAGAUCCAUGGUUGAUCUACAUUUGGGGUGGUCCUGCCGUCGCCCUGGCGAUUCAGACUGUCAUCUUCUGGUUCAGAUUCAAGCACAUGAACUCUGAGAACUACUUCGCCGAUACCGUUGACCCUUCUCGGGUUGAAGAGGAAGAAGUUUUACCCAAGAGAGAAGUUUAA